UUCUCUCUCUUUCUGCUCCUCCUGUCUCCUCCUCAGUGUUUCCAGCCUUGCGGAGCGCUGCAUAUCUGACAUUACUGUCUCCAGCUCCAACCAGCUCCGCUCUCAUCUCUGCAAGAUAACAGACGACGUAAAGAGCGGACAAGAGAGUUUACCGCUUCCAGCUUCAACAGCCGAACUGAACCGCCCCAGCUCACCGACCCCCACUGACCCGCAGCUCCGCCGCCCUCAUGGAGCGCGUCCAGCACAUGACCAAGUCGGCCAUCCGUCGAGCAUCUCAGAUCGAGGUGAACCCCCAGGCCAAGAGGAACCUGCAGGAGCUCUUUGUCAACUUCACACUCAUCCUCAUCUGCCUGCUGCUCAUCUACAUCAUUGUCCUGCUGAGCAGCUGAGAGCAGAAAGGAACAGAUGCAGAGCCUGGCAGAGCUCAGCCGCUGAAAAAAAGGGGGGAUUUCGGAGAAAUAUCAGAUUUUUAAAAAAAUAAGUAAUUAUAUCUCUGCUUCUCUUAUUCCGUUUUAUCAUUUUUGAUCCUGUUUGUGUGUAUGCACCGCAUUUUCUGACCACUGUGUAUAAGCAACAUUAAACACGAUGCACAUGAAGUGGAAAACAUU